GCAACUGGCCUUACCUCAGUUAGGUUUUGACAACGAAACGCGUAGGUUCAGUGUAACGGGAAAGCGGGUUAUUACUUAGGGAAAGAUAUAUACAAACACAGAAAGUACAGCAAAAUUAUUGAAACGGACUUUGUUAAACAAUUUAUUAUACAGAAUUUCACGUUGUGUUUAUGUUUAAUAUUUGAGUUAUUGUUAUUGCCAUUGAAACGUUAUCUAAAAGUUGUUACGAGCAAGUUAAAAAAAAAAACGAAAACCAUCCAAAGAAAACUAAGUUUAACCAAAUUUGAAAACGACAUACAAAAAAAACAAGAAGCAAACAACAUGUCCUUCUCCAAGGCUAAAUUGAAACGUUUCAACGAUGUGGAUGUGGCCGUUUGCGGAUCGCCAGCUGCCUCCAAUUGUUCGGCUGGUUCCUCUGGCAGUGCCACGCCUACACCAGCCGUAGCUGCUGCUGCUGCUGCCGCCACAGUUCAACCGGAGCGUAAGGAACAGAUUGAAAAAUUCUUUAAGGAUGCAGUAAGAUUUGCCUCCAGCUCCAAGGACGCCAAAGAGUUUGCCAUACCGAAAGAGGAUAAGAAAUCGAAGGGUUUGCGACUCUUCCGCACUCCUUCGUUGCCGCAACGUUUGCGUUUUCGUCCAACUGCCAGCAGCAGCCAGAGUCACGCGGAUGUGGGCAGUGGCAGUGGAGCAUCGACAGCUGCUUCCACACCAUUGCAUUCGGCGGCCACAACACCAGUGAAAGAGGCCAAAUCCGCUAGCCGUUUGAAGGGCAAAGAGGCUCUGCAGCAGGAAAUACGCCAAAAGAAUGAGGUUAUCGAGAGUCAGCUGAGUCAGUUGGAUGUCCUGCGUCGACAUGUGGAGCAAUUAAAGGAGGCGGAAACCAAACUAAGGGAAGAGCAUGAGCAGACGGUGUCCAAAACGGGACAAUUGAUUGAGGCGCUGACCGCAGAGAAUCUCUCGCAUAAAGAAAGCAACGAACAAUUGACUGCAAAUCAGGGCCAUCUUCAUGCACGCUGCCUGGAAUUGGAACAGCAAUUGCAAGAGCUGCGGGAGGAGCAUGAAAAGCAAGUGGAACAUCUGAUGGCUGAGAGUGAGGCUCUUCGUCUGGCCAACGAGCAGCUGCUGUUGGUCAAUGAUGAACAUCUGAAGCACCAGAAUGAAUUGAAUCUUCAAUUGGUUGCCUUGCAAGCCGAUGUGAACCAGGCCAAGGAAAAGUUCAGCGAGGAGCAGCAGAAGACAGUCCAGCACAUUGAGUUGAUUGAGAAUCUGCAGAGGAACAACGCCUCCUUGCUGGCCGAUGUCACUCAGUUGAAAGAACAAAUCGAACAGGACGCUUUGGCUUAUGGCCAAGAGGCGAAGGCCAGCCAAACCGAAAUGGAAUGCCUGCGCGUGGAAAGGAAUACGCUGAAGAAUGAUUUGGCCAACAAGUGUACUCUAAUCCGUUCCCUGCAGGAUGAGCUUCUGGACAAGAACUGUGAAAUCGAUUCCCAUUGCGAUACCAUACGUCAGCUCUGCCGGGAACAGGCACGCCAUGCCGAGCAGCAGCAGGAGGUGGCCAAGGUGCAGCAGCAGGUGGAGAAUGAUCUGGAGAGUGCUGUCGAACGGGAGAAGAGCUACUGGCGAGCCGAGCUGGACAAGCGUCAAAAGCUGGCCGAGAACGAGCUUAUUAAGAUUGAGCUGGAGAAACAGGAUGUCAUGGUGCUGCUUGAGACCACCAAUGAUAUGCUGCGUCUGCGCGAUGAGAAACUACAAAAAUGUGAAGAACAGCUGCGCAAUGGCAUCGAUUACUACAUCCAAUUGAGCGACGCCCUGCAGCAGCAGGUUGUCCAACUCAAGCAGGACAUGGCCAAGACCAUAACCGAGAAAUACAACUAUCAGUUGACUCUGACCAACACCCGAUCCACUGUCAAUAUUCUGAUGGAGCGUCUUAAGAAGAGUGAUGCCGAUGUCGAGCAAUUCAAGGCUGAACUGGAAUCCAUUCAGUUGGAAAAGGGAGCUCUGGAGCAGAGCUAUCUCACACUUCAGGCCGAUACCGAGCAAUUGCGACAGCAGCUCAACGAAACACAGGAGGCUCUACACACUCUGAGGAACUCAUCGCAGACUCUGCAAUCUGAGGAGCGCAUCGAUGGCGAUGCCCAGUUGGAGGAAUUGAAGCGCAAGGACGAAACACGUGAGGCCUACAUGGCAGACAUGAAGAAAGCUCUUGAUGAAUUUGCCACUGUGCUGCAAUUUGCCCAACUCGAACUGGACAACAAGGAGCAAAUGCUGAUCAAGGUACGCGAGGAAUGCGAACAACUCAAGUUGGAGAACAUUGCUCUCAAGUCGAAACAACCUGGCGCGGGUUGUGUGCUGACACCUAGCAAAGCAAUAGCCAAACCGAAUACCACAGAUCUGGAGAAGAUUGAGGAUUUGCUCUGCGAUACCGAGUUGCGUGCCGAAUGCGAUAAGAUCACCUCAUGGCUGCUCAAUUCCUCUGAGAAGAGUGUGCGUCAGGAUAAUACCAGCGAAUUGAGUGAAUUGCUUUCAUGUAAAUCGUCUCCUCGCUCCAGGACUCCCUCUACCCAGCAGCAGCAUCAGCGCACGCCCCGCACUCCUCACAGUCCCCGCACUCCCCGCACCACGCCGAAGACAACGCCAAAGAAAACCGUGUUGUUUGCCGGCAAGGAGAAUGUGCCCAGUCCGCCACAGAAGCAAGUGCUCAAGGCACGAAAUGUUUAGUCGACAAUUAUUUAAUAUUUCUAUGCUAAAAUUAUCUAAUGUUCUAGUUAAGAUUCGAAAAAUUUCAAAUAUACGUUUAUGAAAAAC